AUGCCUACUCCCUUACCACAUGGAGCAGAGAGCAACAACUGUCAGGCAAGAAAACCUGCAACACAAUAUAAAGGGACCUCUCUAGGAACAAGUUCCCCUCAGCUCAUCAAACAGACCUCCCAUUUGGCUGCAAUUCCGCCUUCAAAUCCUGCAGCAUUGGAUCAAAUUUUCCAUGGUUUUCAUCUUGCAACAUCUUCCUUGACCUUUUAUGAUGUGUCCAUCAAUGAUUGGGAUUUCAUUAUGGAGGCCAUUGCUGAAGAUGACAAUCACCAAUUCAAUCGAUACAAACUAUCAUAUUCCCCAUUGUCCAACCAAUUGGUCGCAACCCUGCCUACUUCAAUCCAUGAGAAUAUUCUCAAGCUGUUCUUCAUAGUCCAGAUGAACUGGACCCUCAGGGGGGAGGGAGAGGCAGGGUCUACAGAGAAAGCCCUUGGUAUCCCUGAUGUGUUGGUUGAAUUCCACGAUGCAGACGGAGGGCGUCUGCAGCUUUGGGGGACCAAGGUUGCGUGUUCGCAGACUCAGGAUGCUGCCAUCACCAAACUCCAAUGUUACGUCACCUGUAACCAACACAUGCAGGCCGUCACACUAUUUGAUAUCUUAGAAAAUCACUGCUACUCCCCACCAGCAGAAUCAUCACAUCAAUUGUGUCCUGACAUGGACAUCACAAGCCUUGACAACCUGCAGUGGCUUUUCCAUCACACAUUUGAGAGUGUCAGGGAUGCCACCAUCAGCUACAUUGAAGAACUCAUGGUGGAAGAAGAGGAGGAAUCCAGUGCCUUGUCCAACAACUCUAACAUCACAGAUAAGUCCGACGUUGAUGAUGAAUCCAACAUUGCAGAGGCAUCUACCAUCUCAGAGGAGAUCGAUGACAGCCCUGACCCCUUCCAGCUUGUUCGUACGUGGGUGCCUCCAGUGUCGCCUAUAGACUGGAAGAAAUUCAUGGCCCACCUGUGGAAUGCUGCAUGGCAGACGGGCUAUACACAUUACUCCGCCUGGCACAAGAAUUUGAUCAAACGCAAAGCUGAAGCGGUGGAGAUCUCUUCCAGAGCCUCCAAGAGGGCUAGAUGGUCAUGA